CGCAGGGGCGGGGCGGGGCGGGGCGCCGCAUCCCCGUGACGCGCCGGCCAACCAGGCGGCGUUGCGGCCCCGGGCCCGCUCCGCCGCCGCCUCCCGCCCUCUUGCCGCCGCCGCCGCCGCCGCCGCCAGCAGCAGCCGCCAGCAGCCGGGCCCGUCCGCCCGCCCGCCCGCCGCAUGGCGCUCCGGGGCUUCUGCAGCGCCGAUGGCUCCGACCCCUUCUGGGAGUGGAGUGUCACAUGGAACACCAGCAACCCCGACUUCACCAAGUGCUUUCAGAACACCGUCCUCGUGUGGGUGCCUUGUUCUUAUCUCUGGGUCUGCUUCCCUUUCUACUUCCUCUAUCUCUGCCACCAUGACCGGGGCUACAUUCAGAUGACAUAUCUCAACAAAACCAAAACUGCCUUGGGAUUUUUGCUGUGGAUCGUCUGCUGGGCAGACCUCUUCUACUCUUUCUGGGAAAGAAGUUGGGGCAAAUUCCUGGCCCCAGUGUUUCUGGUCAGCCCAACCCUCUUGGGCAUCACUAUGCUGCUUGCUACCUUUUUAAUUCAGCUCGAGAGAAGGAAGGGAGUCCAGUCCUCGGGGAUCAUGCUCACUUUCUGGCUUGUAGCCCUACUGUGCGCCCUUGCCAUCUUGAGAUCCAAAAUCAUGACUGCCUUAAAAGAGGGUGCUGAAAUGGACGUGUUUCGCGAUGUCACUUUCUACAUUUACUUUUCCCUCGUGCUGAUUCAGCUCGUGUUGUCCUGCUUCUCGGACCGAUCGCCCCUGUUCUCUGAAACCAUCCAUGACCCCAACCCCUGCCCGGAAUCCAGUGCCUCCUUCCUGUCCAGAGUCACCUUCUGGUGGAUCACAGGGUUGAUGGUCCGGGGCUACCGCCAGCCCCUGGAGAGCGCUGACCUCUGGUCCCUGAAUAAGGAGGACACCUCAGAGCAAGUCGUGCCCGUUUUGGUUAAGAACUGGAAGAAGGAGUGUGCCAAGUCCAGAAGGCAGCAGGCGAAGAUCGCGUACUCCUCCAAGGAUCCCGCCAAGCCGAAAGGGAGCUCCCAGGUGGACGUGAACGAGGAGGCCGAGGUUUUGAUUGUCAAGUCCCCUCAGAAGGGCCGGGAGCCGUCUCUGUUCAAGGUGUUAUACAAGACCUUCGGGCCCUACUUCCUCAUGAGCUUCUUAUUCAAGGCCCUCCAUGACUUGAUGAUGUUUGCCGGCCCGGAGAUCUUAAAAUUGCUCAUCAACUUCGUGAACGAUACGACGGCCCCGGACUGGCAGGGCUACUUCUACACGGCGCUGCUGUUCGUCAGCGCCUGCCUCCAGACCCUCGUGCUGCACCAGUAUUUCCACAUCUGCUUCGUCAGCGGCAUGAGGAUCAAGACGGCCGUCAUCGGGGCCGUCUACCGGAAGGCCUUGGUGAUCACCAAUUCAGCCAGAAGGUCUUCCACGGUCGGGGAGAUCGUCAACCUCAUGUCCGUGGAUGCCCAGAGGUUCAUGGACCUGGCCACGUACAUCAACAUGAUCUGGUCAGCCCCUCUGCAGGUCGUCCUUGCCCUCUACCUCCUGUGGCUGAAUCUGGGCCCCUCCGUCCUGGCCGGAGUGGCUGUGAUGAUCUUCAUGGUUCCCGUCAACGCCGUGAUGGCCAUGAAAACCAAGACCUACCAGGUGGCCCACAUGAAGAGCAAAGACAAUCGGAUUAAGCUGAUGAAUGAGAUUCUCAACGGGAUCAAAGUGCUAAAGCUGUACGCAUGGGAACUGGCCUUCAAAGACAAGGUGCUGGCCAUCAGGCAGGAGGAGCUGAAGGUGCUGAAGAAAUCGGCCUACCUGGCAGCCGUGGGGACCUUCACCUGGGUCUGCACACCUUUCCUGGUGGCCCUGUCUACAUUUGCCGUCUACGUGACUGUCAAUGAGAACAACAUCCUGGAUGCCCAGAAAGCUUUCGUGUCCUUGGCCUUGUUCAACAUCCUCCGGUUUCCCCUGAAUAUUCUCCCCAUGGUCAUCAGCAGCAUCGUGCAGGCGAGUGUCUCCCUCAAACGCCUCAGGAUCUUUCUGUCUCACGAGGAGCUGGAGGCCGACAGCAUCGAGCGGAAGCCUGGCAAAGACGGUGGGGGCACAAACAGCAUCACUGUGAAGAAUGCCACGUUCACAUGGGCCAGGAGUGACCCUCCAACGCUGAAUGGCAUUACCUUCUCCGUUCCGGAAGGUUCCUUGGUGGCCGUGGUGGGCCAGGUGGGCUGUGGAAAGUCGUCUCUGCUCUCAGCACUCCUGGCCGAGAUGGACAAGGUGGAGGGCCACGUGUCUGUCAAGGGCUCAGUGGCCUACGUCCCCCAGCAGGCCUGGAUUCAGAAUGAUUCUCUCCGAGAAAAUAUCCUUUUCGGACGCCCGCUCCAGGAACGGUAUUACAAGGCAGUGAUCGAAGCCUGUGCCCUCCUCCCAGAUCUGGAGAUCCUGCCCAGCGGGGACCGGACGGAGAUUGGCGAGAAGGGCGUGAACCUCUCUGGGGGCCAGAAGCAGCGUGUGAGCCUGGCCCGGGCCGUGUACUGUGACUCUGACAUCUACCUCUUCGAUGACCCCCUGUCGGCGGUGGAUGCCCAUGUGGGAAAACACAUAUUUGAAAAUGUGGUUGGCCCCAAGGGGAUGCUGAAGAACAAGACACGGCUCCUGGUCACACACAGUAUCAGCUACCUGCCCCAGGUGGAUGUCAUCAUCGUCAUGACCGGAGGCAAGAUCUCCGAGAUGGGCUCCUACCAGGAGCUGCUGGCCCGGGACGGGGCCUUCGCCGAGUUCCUGCGCACGUACGCCAGCACCGAGCAGGAGCAGUCCGAGCAGGAUGACGGCAUCAGUAGUCCCGGGAAGGAGACGAAGCAGAUGGAGAAUGGCAUGCUGGUGACGGACGUCGCGGGGAAGCAGCUGCAGAGACAGCUGAGCAACUCUUCCUCCUACAGCGGGGAUGUUAGCCGCCACCACACGAGCACCGCCGAGCCGCAGAAAGCUGGAGCCCGGGACGAGGACGCGUGGAAGCUGGUGGAGGCAGACAAGGCUCAAACGGGGCAGGUCAAGCUGUCCGUGUACUGGGACUACAUGAAGGCCAUCGGACUGUUCAUCUCCUUUCUGAGCACCUUCCUUUUCUUGUGCAACCACGUUGCUGCCCUGGCUUCAAACUAUUGGCUCAGCCUCUGGACUGAUGACCCCAUCGUCAACGGGACCCAGGAGCACACCAAAGUCCGGCUGAGCGUCUACGGCGCCCUGGGCAUUUCGCAAGGUAUCUCCGUGUUCGGCUACUCCAUGGCGCUGUCCAUCGGGGGGAUCUUCGCUUCCCGCCGCCUGCAUCUGAACCUGCUCCAGAACGUGCUCCGGUCCCCCAUGAGCUUCUUCGAGCGGACCCCCAGCGGGAACCUGGUGAACCGCUUCUCCAAGGAGCUGGACACGGUGGACUCGAUGAUCCCUCAGGUCAUCAAGAUGUUCAUGGGCUCCCUGUUCAACGUCAUUGGCGCCUGCACCAUCAUCCUGCUGGCCACGCCCAUCGCUGCCAUCAUCAUCCCGCCGCUGGGCCUCAUCUACUUCUUCGUGCAGAGGUUCUACGUGGCCUCGUCCCGGCAGCUGAAACGCCUCGAAUCCGUCAGCCGCUCCCCAGUGUAUUCCCACUUCAAUGAGACCCUGCUGGGGGUCAGCGUCAUCCGCGCCUUCGAGGAACAGGAGCGCUUCAUCCGCCAGAGCGACCUGAAGGUGGACGAGAACCAGAAGGCCUAUUACCCCAGCAUCGUGGCCAACAGGUGGCUGGCCGUGCGGCUGGAGUGCGUAGGCAACUGCAUCGUCCUGUUUGCUGCCCUGUUCGCCGUGAUCUCCAGGCACAGUCUCAGCGCCGGCUUAGUGGGCCUCUCGGUGUCCUACUCACUGCAGGUCACCACGUACUUGAACUGGCUGGUUCGCAUGUCGUCCGAGUUGGAGACCAACAUCGUGGCCGUGGAGAGGCUGAAGGAGUAUUCGGAAACGGAGAAGGAGGCUCCCUGGCAAAUCCCCGAGACGGCUCCGCCCAGCACCUGGCCUCAGGUUGGCCGAGUAGAAUUCCGAGACUACGGCCUGCGUUACCGGGAAAACCUGGACUUGGUUCUCAAGCACAUUAACGUCACCAUCGAUGGAGGGGAGAAGGUUGGCAUCGUGGGGCGGACAGGAGCUGGGAAGUCAUCCCUGACCCUGGGCUUGUUUCGGAUCAAUGAGUCUGCUGAGGGAGAGAUCAUUAUCGACGACAUCAACAUAGCCAAGAUUGGCCUACAUGAUCUGCGCUUCAGGAUCACCAUUAUCCCACAGGACCCUGUUUUGUUUUCGGGUUCCCUGCGCAUGAACCUGGACCCGUUCAGCCAGUACUCCGAUGAAGAAGUCUGGACGUCCCUGGAGCUGGCUCACCUCAAGGACUUUGUGUCAGCCCUUCCCGAUAAGCUGAACCACGAGUGUGCAGAAGGCGGGGAGAACCUGAGCGUUGGGCAGCGUCAGCUGCUGUGCCUGGCCCGGGCUCUGCUGAGGAAGACAAAGAUCCUGGUCUUGGAUGAGGCCACCGCGGCCGUGGACCUCGAAACCGAUGACCUCAUUCAGUCUACCAUCCGGACGCAGUUUGACGACUGCACUGUCCUGACCAUUGCUCACCGGCUCAACACCAUCAUGGACUACACAAGGGUAAUCGUCCUAGACAAAGGAGAAAUCCGGGAGUGUGGCCACCCCUUGGACCUCCUGCAGGAGAGAGGUCUUUUCUACAGCAUGGCCAAAGAUGCUGGCCUGGUGUGAGCCCCAGAGCUGGUGCAUCUGGUCGGAAUUACAGGGCUGACAGGGCAGCAUCCAGGGAUGAGGCGCUGUUCUGGGGAACCCAAGCCUCCUGUCUACUGAAACCAAAAAGAAAAAAGAAAAAAAAAAACAAAAAACAUAAAAAUGAAAACACACACAAAGCAGCCUGUCUGGCCCCCAACCUGGAACUGACCAUGAAGAACCAGGAGAGACCCAGAGAUGCAGCCCCCCCCCCCCCAAACACUCCCACCCUCACCUCCAUUGCCCCUCCAAGAUGUACAUACGUUCUCACGCCCCUGGGAGUGCACACUUGUGCUCUUGGUGCUUUGUUAGGUUUGGUGGCCAGACAGCCGGAGAAAUGGGUUUCGUAAAAUAUGCUAGUGACCAAAUCCAGCCAACUGCCUCAGAUCUCUCCAGCCAAAGUCUGUGGAUUCCGUCUUUGAGAAGCUCGCUGGCCCCCGACAGCUGCCCGUGGCGCCUCUGACAUCCUUCCUUGUCUGGCUCCUCCCAGAAUGCUUUGUUUCCUCGGGGCUGCAGGUGGGAGGUGAGGGGCCUGGGAAGAUCAUUCUCACCCUCGGGCAGUACCUUGAGGGCCAAGGACUCUCCUGUCACCAACCGUCUGGUCUUCCAGGCGCUCAGACGCUAGGUUCUGAUGUCCCAGCCCCACGUCACUGGUACAUGCGUCACACAUGGGGCCAGCCUCCACGUCCAUGGACUUCUCACUGACGGGACUCAGCAGGACUUGUGGGCUGUCUGGGCCCGGAGAUCAUCUCAGUGCUGACUCCCCAGCCUGGCUGCUCAGCUCCUUGUCCGCUCCAGUCUUCUCCCUGCUCUCCUUCCUCCCUCUUCCUACCCGUUGCUAGAAUGGCUCUGCUUCUGUAGUCCCUGAGAGAGAAGAUCUGCCAAUGGUUAUGAAGCGGUCAAGGGCAAGGGAGCACCAGGUACCUCCUAAGUACAACGCGUUGGUACCUAAAUGAGCCCUGUUGAUCCCCCUCCGCGCCUCCGGGUAUUUAGAUUUCUUUUCUCGCCCUUGGCAUCUGGUUAGCUUGAAGGUGGCAGUGUGGAGAACUCGACAUUUCAUUACUGAGUCUCUUCCAGGAUGAGAAAAGGACCCAUUCACGAAUAUCAGUGACUGCUGCUUUUUCUUUCUUCUUUUUUUUUUUUUUUUCCUUCAAAUGCUGCUCUAGGGAGAGAAACAGUCUCAAGACUUUAAUUUCUUGGGAGGAAGGGUUAGCCAAGGAGCAGCAUUCCCAGGGAAUGGCCACGUGUUCCUGGAGGAGAACGGAGAAGCAGAGUCCUUCGAGGCCCGUCCUGUUUAGAGCUCUCAGGGAGCACAGUGAGACCCCAAAGCAGAGGAAGGUCACUGCUACUCCAAGAUUCAUACUUGCUAUGAACUACGUUGCUGACUUCAAACCCAGAGAAGCAUCUUUCUUUUAGGUGGAAAUACAUAUUUAUUUUUUUUGUAAGUUAUACCAUUCUUUCACACUAGAUAAAACCAAGUUUUUCUUGGGGAUCUUUUUCUAACGACUUACACUGGAAACGUGAACAUUUGCAAAUAAUUUGCAGUAAAAAAAAAAUAUUCUGUUUCUUACUGAA